GCAUUUCGUAGUCUAUGACUGAUUAUAUACCUGUUACAAGAUGUCUUUCUAAAAAGAGUGAUUAUUAUUUUGUAAAGGUUAAAGUUGACUAACAUUUUCUCAACGGAAUCUGACUGCCCUGUUUCGUUCUUAUGGAUCUGGAAAACAGACGGAAAAGCUGUGACAAGAGUUUCGACACAGACGAUGAUUCUGAUUAUGCUAUGAUAAAACGGAUUAAGAUGGAACCAGAAGCAAUAUUGUCACAAGAGAAUGAUAUAAUGGCUCAGUUACAACAAGAAAGCUCAGACUUAGAGGUAGAGCCAAGUUUCACAUUGGAAGGAUCAGCAAAUGGCGAGGAUUGCAAUGAAGGUGUUUUAAUGCAACAUAUGGAUAUCAGAGAACCUCUCUCUACCUUGAGAAAUCUAUUGGAACAAAGACUCGGAGUAGAGUUGACAGAUUAUUCGUUUUGGUUGCAAGAUGCACAGAUGUUAGAAAGUCACAAAAACUUGGUUGAUCAGUGCGUGCAAGGAGAAGGAUUGGUUCAAGUAAAUGUUCAGAUAAAAGCAACGCAGAGGAGAAUAAAUAUAGUGGAUGUUUUGAAACCUGCAGAGGAUUAUAUAGAAUUAACAGAAAAUAAUGGAACGGUUAAAAAUUCCAGCCGAUCCAAAAGAAUGGACACAAACACAUGUCAAACAUUGGCUUCAGUGGGCAGUUAGGCAGUUCAAUUUGGCUUCGGUGAGAUUAGCAGAUUGGAACAUCACUGGUCAACAAUUGUGUAAUCUCACGCUGGAAGAAUUCCAGGCUAAAGUGCCUCUAGAUCCAGGAGAAGUGUUUUGGACCCAUUUAGAGUUACUUCGAAAGUGUAAAUUUGUCGCUGUUGUUCAAAAGGAUCCCCCAGUGUCACCUAUGGAAAAUAACGUGGAUAGAACUAUAAAAGUUCGUAACCAAAAAGCGACGAAGACACGACCGGUGGUGAAUCAACAAGCGCGAGUAGUUAGCGUUCCUUUAGAAAACAUCGACUCCACGCCGAUCAGUAUAGCAACCUCAAGUCGUUCGGUUAACAGCGGUCAAAUACAGUUGUGGCAAUUCCUGUUGGAAUUGCUGACAGACCGGGAACACAGAGGCGCCAUUCAAUGGGUCGGGACAGAAGGGGAGUUCAAACUGAAUCAACCAGAAGCGGUGGCGCAACUUUGGGGAGCCCGUAAAAACAAACCGUCGAUGAAUUAUGAGAAACUGAGCCGCGCAUUGCGUUAUUACUAUGACGGAGAUAUGAUCUCCAAGGUACAUGGGAAACGUUUCGUAUACAAAUUCGUAUGCGAUUUAAAGCAGGUUUUAGGUUAUUCGGCAGCAGAGCUGAGCAGAUUGGUGGAAGAGGGCACAAGAUAUUUCUGAUGACAUACUAUUUUUUUACGAUCAUAAUGAAUUUUAUCAUCGUAUUCUCAACGUGAUUUGUAUCAAUCAUUGUACAUAUUCAAUGGAAGAUAAAAGAAAAUGAACAGAUUAUUGUUCAGACAAUCGAAUUGUACAUCGAAAUACAGAGGAAAAUCAAUGCAUAAACGUUUAUUUUUCUUUCUGUCGCAAUUAAAUACACCCUUACUGUAAUAUGCCGUUCGUGAUAUUUAUUAAGAGAAGCAGUAAAAGUUAUAAUCUGUGAAACUGCGUAACUCCUAUAUGCGCGAUACUUAAAAUCCACAAGAAAUGAAAUGCAUCUAAACAUCUUAACGUGAAUAUAUAACCAUAUCUUUUUAAAAAUACGUAACAAAAUACUACUCUGGUACUAAAAUUAAAUUAUAGUAUUAAAGCAUUAUAUAUUCACAGCGGAACUCCAUUAAUUUUUCAAGAUGCACCCCCACCCACGCAAUGGUGGAUUAUAGACCUUUGAAUGUCGAGCCUCUUUAACUUGCCCGCUUACAGAGCGUCGACGUUUCCGGCCGUUUUCUAUCUCUGAUGACUAGGACUGACUUUUGAUCGGCAAAAGGCAGCACUCAUCGCCAAUACCAGAGAAUCUAGCCUGUGAGAUAUCGGUCGCGACGUCACAAGUUAGGGUCUCAGGGGACCGGCGACGCGGCAGGCUUUACAAUCAGCCCGCCCGCCAUUGCCCUUUUUCUCAUUUCAUUUUCUCUCCCUUUUUUACUCGCUAUUUAAUCUCACACACAUCCACGCAUUUAUGUUUUCACCGUUCAAGAGGAGCCACCACCUUCUAUAUUUUUUUUCUUUUUUAAUAAUCUCCUCGUUUCGUAGUUACGUUAUAGAUAGAUACUAAAAUAAUAACUUAGAAUAAUGUCUAAACGGGUAUGAUGAGUGCAUCAUCACUUAUGGUGGUAGAUCAUCUUCGUUCUUCUUUGAGAAUACCCUGUCUGCACACACGCGAUUACCAAUAUACGUACGCUUGAGGUAAAAUUAUUACUUUCCUUUUCUUUUUCAGUAACGGUAGUUUUAACGAUCUCUUGAAGUUGUUGCUGGAUGAUGAAACGUUGCGG